GCCACGAUAGGCUCUCUCGGACUGGUGUAUGGAGGUGUUGCAGGAGUCAUCCGGUCUCCUAAUCCGGUGAUCCAUUCUCUAUCUUGCGGUGUUCAAUGGGCUGCAACUGGGAGCGGCUUCUGGUUCUUGAGAGAGAACAUCUUAAAAUAUCAUUUCGAAAACAAUGCCGAUUCUAAGCAACGCGCUUAUGUCAGCGCUCUAUCAGGGGGCAUCGCUGGAGGCACUGUUACCCGACUACUAGGGGGUCGACUAAUUCCAGGAGUGGUGUUCUUUUCGGCACUAGGCUAUCUGGGCCAAAGCACUUAUAAUGCGAUCGACACAUGGCAAUUAGAAAAGGCCAACACUCCAGCGAAGCCGAUCCUUCAGCGGAUCGCCGAUUCCAAAUGGAUUCCGCUCAAGUCCCUCUCCGACGAUGAUUAUAGGGGGAUUUUGCGCGAGAAGCUCCUGAGCAUUGAGGCUGAGAUCGCACUCCUAGAUGAAAAGAUUGAAGGGCUUGAGAAGCUCAAAUCUCAAGGGCCAGAUCUUUCUUCGUCCGACCCGGCCACCAGGUGA